AUGCAGAAGGGGGUGCCAGCCCCUCGCCUCAUUUCGGAGACUGGUGUCACCCCCACCCCUGGAAUCCAUGGGGGCUCAGCUCCCUCUCUCCUGCUCCCUGCAGCCGCGAGCCAGGAGCCUGUCGGCAUGGUGGGGAAGUGUGACACCAUCUACCAGGGCUUUGCCGAGUGCCUCAUCAGCCUGGGGGACAGCAUGGCCCAGAGCGUCCGGCGGCAGCGGGAGGAGGGUGGCGAGGAGGCGCAGGAGCUGGACACCAUCUGCAAGUCCUGGGACGACUUCCAUGCCUGUGCCAGCGAGGUGCUCUCGAGCUGCCCCGAGGAAACCGCCGCCAUCUGGGAAUCGCUGCGCCAGGAAUCCCGCAAGAUCCAGUUCCAGGGGAACCUGCAGGAGCUGUGCAGCGCCCGGGGACCUUACUAA